UAUUACAAAAUUUACACCUCUCGUUCCCCUUCUCUCUCAACCUAAAACUCGCUGUCUUUCAGUCUCCGUACCCAUCACCCAUUCUUUCUGAGACCUGUCAUCACCAUGAGAGUGAGAGCCAGACCAUAACCAUUACCGCCAUAAAUUGAUGCGCAAAGCAAAGGGUUUGCAUGAUAUUUUCACAUGACAUGGCUUUCCCACCAUCUCAUGCUUACAUGUUCCAAACUCACGAAGAUCAGGACCACCUGAUCCCUUCCUCCAUCAACCUUAAUCCCUCGUGUCCUCCUCAACACUACCAUGGCCUCGGUGGUGUCCCUUUCACGAUGAAGAGAUCGAUGUCAUUUUCGGGCAUUGACAACAGGUGUGAAGAGCAGGGAGAUGAUGAGUUGUCUGAUGAUGGAACACAGAUUGGGGAGAAGAAGCUGAGGAGGCUGAAUUUAGAACAGGUGAAGGCGCUUGAGAAGAGCUUUGAGCUGGGAAACAAGCUUGAGCCAGAGAGGAAAAUACAGCUGGCCAAGGCUUUGGGGCUGCAACCAAGACAAAUAGCCAUAUGGUUCCAGAAUAGGAGGGCUAGGUGGAAGACCAAGCAACUGGAGAAAGACUACGAAGUCCUGAAGAAACAGUUUGAAGCAAUCAAGGCUGACAAUGAUGCCCUCCACUCCCAGAACAAGAAACUUAAUGCCGAGUUAAUGGCUCUAAAAAGUAUAGAUCAUACAAGUGAAGCCGGGGUUAAAUGCAUGAAGAAGGAAACCGAGCUUUCUUGGAGCAAUGGGAGUACUGAGAAUAGCUGUGACAUCAACUUGGAUAUUUCAAGAACACCUGUAAUGAACAGCGCAGUAUCAUCACAAUUAAACAGUACUACUAAGCACCUCUUCCCCUCAUCCCUUAGGCCUACAAGCAUGUCCCAACUCCUCCAAGGCUCGUCAAGAUCGGACCUCCAAUGCUUGAAAAUUGACCAGGCGGUUCAAGAUGAAAGCUUCUGCAACAUGUUCAAUGGCAAUAUUGAAGACCAACAUAAUUUUUGGCCGUGGCCCUAGUUGUAUAGAUUAAUUUAAACAUAUCUAGCUGCUCCAAUUUCACUAUGGGAAAUUGAAUAAACACUGAAAACACACUUCAUUCGGUUCAUUUUGUGGGUUGUGAUGAAUAUGCUAGGUUGAAUCA